AGUAAAGAGCGCAAUCUUGUCCUAAAUUCUGCAAAUCCGGCCAACUGUACCUUACCUUGCUUUUACUCACAGUAAUGAGUAAACCCCCCUCCUUCCAAUUCUCAAUUCAGUUUCAGCUUGACGCAUUGGAGACCGCUCUCUCAAUUCAAUAUCAGCAAAUCCCCUUGAAAACCCAUCUCAGUUUCAGGAAUCUGUGUGUGUUGAUGUGUGAACUCUGCCCUAAAACUUUCUACUUUAAGUUGUUGGGAAGCGGCCAAAAAAUGUGGUCGUCUCUUGUUUACUAGUGUAGCCCACAAAAAAAGUAAAAAAGAAAAAGAGGGCAUUUGUUUCUUACUCUCAAAAGUUUCUGAAAUGGAGAGUGACAGCAAGAGUGGCGGUGCCGCGGCCGCUGCUGGUGGUCGGUUGCUGGUGGACGAAUCUUCUUCUGAUGUACAGAACGACAGGAAGCGAUUUCAGAUAGACUUGAAGCCUGGUGAAACAACGAUUGUUUCAUGGGUUAAGCUGCUUAAAGAAUCCGGCAUUCCAGUUGUUCAGUCUCCUCCUCCAUCACCUGAGCCUCGGAAGUGGUUUCAUGAAGAAGAUGAGUCAAGAAGAGAGUACUCCAACAUCAUUCUUAAGAAAGAGAAGGAAGAGCAAAACUAUAGAUCUUCCACAAUAGAGCAUUGCCAACCAAAAAAGCAGAGGACUGAUAUCUCACAAGUCCUGGAAAGGGUCAAUGCUGUUCAACUCACCAAAAACACAAAAAUGGGACAUGCGAGGGUAAAAUCGUCAACUGAUGUGAAUUAUCAUUAUGAUAACAAGAACAAAUCAGGAUCUCCUUGUGGAAUGACAUCUGAUUGGGCUGCUGUAUGUGUUGACCUUAGUGAAGAACAUUCGGUCAACAAUGGAAGGAAUGAGCUUCCUGACCUAAAUGUUCCUUAUACAAUGCAGACAACAAGUACUUCAGCAAGAGACAUUAAGGAUGAAUCUUGUGGUUUGAUGAAUGGAUCAAUGCUCGAAAGUACCAUCUUGGAGAUGGAGACAAUGGUUGCAGAGUCAAAACAACUGCAUGGUGAUAUUCAAGAUUCAGUUCAUUCAGUAGCAUCUAAAAGCCAUUUGCCUCCAGAACUUAAGAAAAAGCUUGAGACUGUUGCUAGAUUAGCACAUUCAAGCCAAGGGAGAAUAUCAGAUGAACUAAUGAUGCGUCUGAUGAGCAUUCUUGGACACUGGUUGAAGCCUAGAACACUAAAGAGAUGCUUGAGGGAUAUGGUUUCAUCAUCAACAUGUGGAUUGGAUGAUUCCCGGUUUAUCCAGAUUAAAAAGGAGGUUGUUGAAAUGAUUAAAUUGCGGGCCCCAUCAAUGGAAACAAAGGUUGCUCAUAAUGCAAAAUACAGCAUGGAUAUGGACCAUGAGAUGGAAGAUAAAAUAUGUGAUUUCUAUGACAUUUAUGUCCAGGCAAUGGAUGAAAUUAAAAACUCAGAAAUACGAAAAUUCUACAUUCAGCUUGCGGCUUUGUGGCCAAAAGGGAGCAUGGACAACCAUGGAAUACGAAAUGCAAUUUGUAGAGCCAAAGAACGUCGAAGAACACUAUUGCAAGAUAAGGGGCAUGAAAAGAAGCCUACUGCAGGGGUGGAUAGCAAUCUCCAUGAAGAAGCUAACUUAGUUGCUGAACAGGGAAAAACGGUAAAUGACCAUAAUGCCCCUGUUGUAAAUUUUCCGGACACUGUUGUCCCUGGCACGCCUGAACUUGAUCGGAAACUUGGUGCACCUGCAAAAAGGUUCAGCCCACCAUCAGCAGGCGAUUGCUGAGUUGUAUAGGACACUACCCGUGAAACUGUAUAUAAAUGGUAACAUUUAUGUGACCAUAAUGCCCCUGUUCUAAGAUGUUUUAACCUCUCCACCUUAAUUUUUGUUACAUUUAUGUGAAAACAGGCCAAUUAUACCAGCU